GUUUUAUGUCUGCGUCACAACAAGUCGGUUGAGAGAGAGAAAGAGAGAGAGGGAGAGAGAGAGGCAGAGAUGAUGGCGUCUCUGGCGCGUUGAUUCUCAUGCCUCUCUGACAGACACGUUUAAUAACAUCAAUAGAGAAACGGAGAAGAAAGGGAUGAGAACAUGACGAAACGGCGUCGCAGAAGACAGACAGCGCGAGAGACGGACAGACAAACGCGUUCACGCUGACGACUUGACUGACACAACCGUUUUGGUACCGACACAUACGUACACCGCCACUCUUGCCCACACGUACAUAUAUUCUAGACAGUAAUUGAGGCGCGGAAAACACCGGAGAUCAGACGUUUCAUGUCAAGCUCGCGCAGCAAUCUCUGUGACCCCAGCAGAGCAGAGUACGACUUUACAGCCUCUCUAAGUCUGUCUCCCACUGUGCUCAGGAUGGGGGUAGUCAGCGAAGGAGAGGAUGUUUUAGCACGGUGGAGUGAUGGACUCUUAUAUUUAGGCAAUGUCAAAAGAGUAGACGUUGUCAAGCAGUGUUGUUUGGUCAGAUUUGAGGAUAAUUCUGAGUUUUGGGUCCUCAGGAAAGACAUUCAUUCAUUCUCAGCCAGUGGGGAGGAGGUUUGUUGUGUCUGUGAUGGUCCUCCUCUUAAAGAGCCCCUAAUAAAUUGUCUGAAAUGUCGCCAUGGUUAUCAUCCACAGUGCCACACUCCUGUCAUCGAACCUGAGGUCGAAAGCAACUCUUGGGUCUGUCGCCAGUGCGUCUUUGCCGUUGCAACCAAGAGAGGAGGAGCCUUAAAACGUGGGCGUUUUGCCCGACUCAUGCAGUUAAUGAAAGUGAGGCUGCCCUAUCAACUGUCGUCUUUGGACUGGGACCCCCAGCAUCUGACCAAUCAGCAACAGUGUUAUUGCUACUGCGCUGGACCAGGAGAGUGGAACCUGAAGAUGCUCCAGUGCAGUAGUUGUGGUCAAUGGUUUCAUGAAGCUUGCACCCAGUGCCUGACCAAACCUUUGCUCUACGGAGACAGGUUUUACGAGUUCCACUGUUCAGUUUGUACAAAUGGCCCAGAGACCAUUCAGAGACUCCCUAUGACCUGGGUAGAUUUGGCCCAUUUGGUGCUGUAUCAUCUCUCCCUGUGCUGCAAGAGAAAAUACUUUGAUUUUGAUCAUGAAAUAAUGGCCUUCACGAAUGAGAACUGGGAGUCGUUGCUUUUGGGCACGUUGUCAGAUACACCCAAGCAGGAUCGCUGCCACAAUCUGCUCAAUGCUUUAAAUUCCCACAAAGACAGGUUUGUCUCAGGCAAGGAGAUCAAGAAGAAGAAGUGUCUUUUUGGCCUUCAAGUCCGAGCCCCUCCCCCACUGUCAUCAGACCCCUCCCCUCUCACUGCUGACCAGCCUGUCAGCAUCACACACCGCAGAAGCCCCCUGUCACUGCCGUGCCAGAGACGAGCCGCAGGGACCGAGUCACGCAAAUCGAAACGACGCCUUGUGGAGACACAGCCCUGUCCACCAGGAGUUCCUGCUAACCAGAUUGAUAUGGUGCCAUGUUGCCAUGGUUACGUAGGUGGGGCAAACAUCUACGACUCCCGAAAAUCUGAGGAGGAAUUGGGUUUAGGGUCACCCCCUAAGAGAAUGUUUGCCCUGUAUCACCCAACAUACAACGGAUCUCAGGGUCUGUCUCGAACUUUGCAUCACUACAGUGCGGAGGAUCCCUGUCGACUCCCGGCAUCCUGCCACCCUUUCUCUGUGUCACCCACUCAUCCACCUGGGCCGAGGUUUGAGCAAUGCCCCUCACUGUUCCUGCGCGAUGUUGCCUCCUAUCCCAACGGAGUGGGCAUGGAGGGGCCCGGGACAAGAGGCUGGGGUGGUGGGGAGGCUGUCCGGAUUCUAGCUAGACGUGUCACGCCGGACGGCAAGGUCCAGUAUCUAGUGGAGUGGGGAAAUGUUACAGUUUACUAACAGAGAAAGAGGGAGAGAAGCGUUUGCGUGUAAGUGACAGAAAGAUAGUGGGUCUGAGGGAUAGAGGAAGAGAGAGAGAGAGAGAGAGAGAGAGAGAGAGAGAGAGAGAGAGAGAGAGAGAGAGAGAGAGAGAGAGAAUGAGGAAAUAGAUAAUGCUCAGCCACAGGGAAAGACAAAAAGGAAAGUUGGCUGUUA